AUGUUUCUUGCAGCUGGUUUCGGAGGCCUGGCAGGGCUGGGCAACCUAGGCAUGGGUUCUGCCAACUUCAUGGAGCUCCAGCAACAAAUGCAGCGCCAGCUCAUGUCCAACCCCGAGAUGCUGGCCCAGAUCAUGGAGAACCCGCUGGUACACAAUAUGAUGUCUAACCCGGAUCUCAUGAGACAGAUGAUCAUGGCCAAUCCUCAGAUGCAGCAGCUGAUGGAGAGGAAUCCAGAAAUCAGCCAUAUGCUGAACAACCCGGAGCUCAUGAGACAGACCAUGGAGCUGGCUCGCAACCCGGCCAUGAUGCAAGAAAUGAUGAGGAACCAGGACCGAGCUCUGAGCAAUCUGGAGAGCAUCCCUGGGGGGUACAACGCCUUACGCCGCAUGUACACCGACAUACAGGAGCCCAUGUUCAGUGCAGCCAGAGAGCAGUUUGGUAACAAUCCAUUUUCCUCUGCUGGCGGCACUGAGGGUUCGGCCUCCCAGCCUCUGCGCACAGAGAACCGCGAGCCUCUUCCCAACCCCUGGAACCCUUCAUCAUCCUCUCCUAGUCAGACAGCCAGUACUGAGGGGAACAACGGCUCCACCACCAGCCAGACCAAUCCUACCAUUUCCAACCCAUUUGGCAUCAGCGGUGCCAGUCUGGGGUCAGGCAUGUUUAACAGCCCAGAAAUGCAGGGUCUGCUGCAGCAGAUAUCCGAGAAUCCGCAGCUAAUGCAGAGUAUGAUCUCCGCCCCCUACAUGCGCAGCAUGAUGCAGACGCUCGCCCAGAAUCCGGACUUUGCCGCACAGAUGAUUGGUAAUAUUCCUAUUCUGGCCGGUAACCCCCAGCUCCAAGAACAGCUUCGACUUCAAUUGCCCGCCUUCCUACAACAGAUGCAGAAUCCUGAAGCUCUUUCUGUCAUUUCCAAUCCCCGAGCCAUGCAAGCGCUUCUCCAAAUCCAGCAAGGCCUACAGACUUUACAGACAGAGGCCCCCGGCCUGCUAUCCAGUUUUGGUACUUUCAGUAUCCCCGGAGUGCCGCCGGCAUCCAGCGGAAGCACAGCCCCCGACAACACCACCUCCUCCUCCCCACCCAGCAGCGCCUCUCCAGCAGGGGGCAGCAGCAACGCUCAGCAACAGAUGAUGCAGCAGAUGAUUCAGCUCCUCGCAGGAGGGGGCGCACCGCAGGGGCAGACACCGGAAGUUCGUUUCCAGUCCCAGUUAGACCAGUUAAACGCCAUGGGCUUCAUAAACCGCGAAGCCAACCUGCAGGCGCUUAUAGCAACAGGCGGAGACAUCAACGCAGCCAUCGAGAGACUGUUGGGCUCCCAGCCCUCCUAA